UGAAAUCCAGUUUGAAGUGUGAAGUACACACCAUUUGGUUCUGGCCGCAUUUCAAAAAGGAAAAAAAAAAUCGAAAAGAGGAAACCCUGAGAGGAUAGAGGCCCACUUGCAAGUGAGCCUGCGCGCGUUCGGUCGCUCCGCUCCGUUGGGUCAUUGCCCUCGCGGGCUCCCAGCUCACUAAACCCUACCACCCAACGCCCUCCCUUCUCGCCGCGCCGCCGCGUAAACCCCGCACCCAUCUCGCCGCCGCCCGCUCCCCAGGCGCACGAUGGCGGCCGCCUCGAGGGGCAUGCUCGCGCGCCUCCGCAGCCUCUCCCUCGCCGGAAGCCCGCGCCUCCUGCCCCCUCCCCGCCUCUUCUCCUCUGCGGAGGCCCUUGUCUCCCUCCCGGACGACGACGGCGGCGAGGGCGGAGGAGGGGGCCGGAUCAUCGAGGCGCGGGCCGGGGUGAUGGGCCCGAUCUCGCGGCGCACCGGCGUCAUCGGCGUCAAGUGCGGGAUGUCGGCGACGUGGGACAAGUGGGGCGCCAAGGUGCCCAUCACCGUCCUUUGGGUCGACGACAACGUCGUCUGCCAGGUCAAGACCGCCGAGAAGGAGGGCAUCUUCGCGCUACAGCUCGGGGCAGGCCAAAAGAAAGAAAAGCACCUAACAAAGCCUGAAGUUGGCCACUUUAGAGCACAAGGAGUGCCUCUGAAGAGAAAGCUAAAGGAGUUUCCGGUAACUGAGGACGCACUUCUUCCUGUUGGGACAACUAUCACGGUUCGCCAUUUUGUGCCUGGACAGUUUGUUGAUGUCACUGGAAUCACGAAGGGGAAAGGUUUUGCAGGUGGGAUGAAAAGACAUGGUAUGAAGGGGAUGCCUGCCUCGCAUGGUGCAUCUUUAUCACAUCGCAGUAUUGGUUCUACUGGUCAAAGAGACGCUCCUGGAAGGGUUUUCAAAAAUAGGAAGAUGCCUGGACGUAUGGGUGGUGUACAACGCACAGUGAAAAAUGUUUGGGUUUACCAAAUAGACCCAGCCAGGAACUUAAUGUAUCUGAAAGGCCAGGUUCCUGGGCCUCAAGGUAGCUUUGUUUUCGUCAAGGAUUCAAUAUACAAGAAACCUGACACAAAUUUGCUCCCAUUCCCUACAUAUUUCGCACAAGAAGGUGAGUCGGAAGAUUUGGAGCCCUUGAUUGCUGAUCUUGGUGAGGUCGAUCCAUUCAUGACAGUGGAUUAAAGACUAGGGACAAAUUUGGAGUGCUCCAAUUGCGUUCUGUGCACUUAAGCUAAACUGUUCCACAAAAUUGUUUUUUAAAUUUUGAAUGGAUAUAUAAGUAGUUCCUGAAUCACAAGUUGCUUCAUCUGAUUACUGGCCAGCCUGAUCGAUGUUGUUCCAUGUACAUUACCUGGCGAGUAUACCAUGGAGCUGAUUGUUUAAUUGACUGAAUGGACCUUUUUAAUAAGUUAUGCAAUUGAAGCUUCAGAUAGAUAUAUAAACUGGAAUACUUCA